AUGCUGGAACGGCCCCCUGGUGCGUGCAAUGCUGCUGGCCGGGCCGUGGCGUUCGGCCGGGCGAUUGGUGGACGCGGGCUGGGGAGGGGAUCUCCGCAGGGAGAAACUGGAGCUGCAGCUCCCAGACAGGCUAGCGGAGGCCCGUCGCGGACCUGCCCGCCGCACUCUUUGACGAUGCACCUCGUGGCUGCCCUGGCUCCGCCGACGAUGGACGUGAAGAUGCAGUGGAGACGGCCACGGCACGCGCACGAGGUCCACGACGAAGUUGCCCCGACGGUACAUAGAUGGCUAUCCCUGGCCGAGGCCGCGCCCUGGAAAUACCGUCCACAUCACUCAACACAUCACCUGGCACCUGGCACCGACGUCUCACAUCACGCUGAGUACAUCCGAGGUCUCAUUCACGCCGUCACGGCCCUUCUCAAACCACGCAUCAUCACGGCCAGCGCCCAACGGCCUCAGCGCUCCCGCCGCUCCCAACCCCCCAUUACUGUGCCGCAGUCUGUUAGAGCGCUGACGCACCCCCCGCCGCGCUUGCUCGCCGCUUGA